AUGCAUGGUACAGGAACACGCUCACACAUGUCCAGCCGUGUUCUGUUUGUCGGUGCCGAGUUGCCUGGAAUGGAGCCGCAAGUGCGUGGCAGGGUGACGAACCGACCGAGUUUUCACGGUGCCCCUUUCGGUGCAACUGCGCGCCAGGGUCGAGGUAGACGCUGCCUUGCUUCUGGCGGCCGACCACCGCGAUUCGCCUGCAACGCCUUGGGGUCCUCUAGCUCGUUGCAAGAGUCUGCAGCGCAGUCCUCCACGGGAGAAGGACCCGCUGAGCCUUUGACCAAGAAACUGACAGCCAUCCCUGGUGGGAGCCAAACAGAGCCGGCUGAACAACCUGCAGUGGCUGCGAAGGACAGCUUGACCCCUGAAGAAGUGAAGGAGGUCUGCGAUAAGCUGAUACAAGUUUUCAAGGGGAGGACAAGGGAGGAUUGGAAGCGGCUGAUUGCCAUCAGUGCACAAUGGCCUACCUUGGCAGACAAGGUGUUCCAAAGGAUUCAGGAGAAAUCGGAAGAAGAGGAGGAGCCAGAAAAGAAGCUCGAAUGGAGAACGAUGUUAAAGGCACUCAGAAAUGUGGGAUUGCGUUUUUGA